AUGUGCUACGCUCCUACGAACAACGCAGACGAGGAAGAAAAAGACCGCUUCUACAAAGAGCUUCAAUCGGUGGUUGAUAAGGUACCCACGCGCGACAUGCUGAUCCUCAUGGGUGAUUUAAAUGCCAAAAUUGAUCAUGUCGCGGUACGGCGUCGCUGGAGGGCCUCACUGCAGGAUGUGAGAGCAAAGCGAGGAGCAGACAUAGGAUCCGACCACCACCUGGUUGUUGCUAAACUGAAGAUGAAGCUAAAGAAGGUGGAAGAAAGAAAAAGCCUAAAGAGAGAACUAAAUCAAGCAAAAACACGGCAGCAGAAACAAGCAGCAGCCUCUCGAUAUAACGAAAAGGCUAAAGAGGUGAAAAGGAAACUAAGAAAUGACAAGAGAUUGUUUAUAAAUGAAAUGGCAGAGCAGGCCGAAACAGUUGCCAGUAAGGGAGAUCUCAAGACGCUCUAUGCAACAACCAGAGCUCUGAGUGGGAGGAAAACCAAUCCCAACAGGCCAGUGAGGAGCAGAAAUGGUAAACUUCUAACGUCAAUUGAGGAACAAUUGGCACGAUGGAAAGAGCACUUUCAGGAAAUACUAAACGGCCCAGCACCUCAAGAUCCACCAGACCUGGAACCAGGGGAACCCCUUAACAUCAAUACCGAGGAAAUCACCAGACAGGAAAUUCUCAACGCCUUAAAUAGUUUGAAGAGUGGCAAGGCAUCAGGACCAGAUAAUAUCCCAGUAGAGGCACUAAAGCAAGGUGGAGAAGAAGUAGUAAAUCGACUUCAUAAAUUACUCAACUUGGUCUGGAACACAGGACAAAUCCCAACCGAUUGGAAGAGGGGCCUCCGUGUGAAGUAG